ACCGGACUCAUAACACUGGUGCACAUCAUAAACUAGCCGAGCACCGAGCAUGGCUUCGGGUCAUUUAUGCAAGCUUCACAGCAAUUUAACGCGGUUGUUUUGCGGCACUACAAUACGGAAUGCACAAACAUGUCUGGUGGCAGUUCGGCAGAAGAAUACCCGCCCCCCACUUGAUGAUCCUAGUUACUGUAACGUUCAAAUUGGUGUCACUACAAAUGGGAAGACUGUAGUAUGCUAUCAUCCCACAGCUGACAUUCCUUAUGAGCUCACCCAGCCCAUUGAACGACCAGACCCUGUGAGUGAUGUUCCUGACACACACGACCAAGUUCUAAAAGCCCAUUUGAGCAAAGAGGUGCUGAAGGAGAAUAAGGGCCCAUCUAUUGAAGAGCUGAGCAAGAUGUUUUUCACUACUAAACACCGCUGGUAUCCAGUGGGACAGUACCACAUGAGACGUAAAAAGAAGGGUCCAAAGGACAGAGCUACAUGGGCAUCAUAAUCCGGACUUUCUUUGUAUAUAAUAAACUAUUAAAGACUGA